AUGUUGAACCGUUUUAUUGGAAAAAAAGACGUAGUGUCAGUUGACGAAACUCGCGCGACGUUAGAAUCGCGCUCCGAGAGUCUAAGUAAAAAGUCCCAAGAGUUGGAUGCGGAGAUCCGAAAAAAUUUAGAACUUUCGCGGAAGUCGUCUGGAGCCGAGAGUACGCGAUAUCGACAAAAGGCGCUUCUUCUUCUCCGACAGAAGAAACAAGUUGAUCAGCACCGAGAUAUGUCUGAUAAAUACAAUAUGAAUUUACAGAACAUGCAAUUCGAGGUCGAAAAGAUGCAAGACUACCAAAAGAUAUAUCAAGCAAUGGAACAGUCGAAUCAACAGAUGCAAGCGUUGUCUCGUCAAUUCGACUUGAAUGGUAUCGAAGAUGUUCAGGACAAAAUGGCAAAUUUCGCAGAAGACCAAAACGACUUCGGUGAAAUUUUGAUGCAAGACACGACGGGAAUGGACGAGGCGGCGUUGGAUGACGAAUUGGCAGAGAUGGGCGACGAUAUGUUUGACGGAGAUAUCAAAAUACCGGAAGAAAAUACUGUAAUGGACUUCCCGAAAGUCCCCAGUUCGACGCAGGAAGUAAAAGAGAGCAAAGACCAAAAUGAGUCUUCCGAUCCCAAAUUUGCCAUUUAA